CAAACAAUAUUUAUUCGAUACAUGCAUAAAUGCUUAAAAUAUAUUGACAUGGUAAUGUGGCGAAGUUGCUUAUUCGAACUGGCGGUAAACGAAAAGUAGAAAAAAAAUCGUGAUGACAACUUUUGAAGUAAAAGAAACUAGUUUAGAUACAGGACAAGAAAACGAACAAAUAACUAGCAACUCCAUUGAAGAAAUUCGUAAAUGUAACACACAAAAUUAUAUCGACACUUCUUGGGAACAAAGUUAUGGUUCAUUUCAAGAGUCGAAAUGCAGUAAACGUGAUAGGACUCCACCUUUUAUGAGUAUAAUGAUUGACGCAGAAACUGUUGAUAGCAGAAUAAAUAGUUCUACACAAACAGAAUUCGCAGGUCCAACGCAAGGCAGUAUUAUUGACGAAAAUUUAUCGCUUACUAAAUACUUUAAUUUCGAAGAUUUAUCAUCCAAUGAAAAUGACGAAAGAUCUUCAAGUAAGCGAUUCAGACACGAUUCUUUAGAAGAUAAUAAAGAAAUACGACCAUGGAAAAAGACAAAGUGUACAGAAUCAAAUACAUCGAGUUCAACUGACUUAAAUGAGGAGAGAUCGCUACAAGGGUCUCUAGCAAAUGAAUUAGGUUCUGAAUCAGAAUUAUCAUUUAAAUCAAUUAAUAGUAAUUAUUCUUAUAAGACUCGUAAAAGAAGGAGAAAAUCGGAUUCUAAUCUAUUUCGAAGUGUUUUUCAAAGAUCUGAAAAGAGUAACUACUUCAAUAAAUACAGUUACUCCGAAAGGAAAUCGCCAGGAGGUACACCGAGAAAUGAUAAGGUACACCGGCGCAACAAACGUACGAAGUUAUCAAAGCUGAUGGACCUUUGUACAUGGAUUGGCAGGAAGGGUUUCCAGUCUCUCACUGGGUUGUAUGCAGAUAUCCUCAGAGAACCAAUAAGUCACGAUGAAAACAAAGAAAAUAUCUACGCGGAGGAGUUAAAACGACUCAGAAGAUUCAUCGACGAAGUCGAUCAAAAGCAUACUCGUAUGUCGCGAGAAAAUGAAAGUCUUCAGGAAGAAAUGAAAAAAAUGGCGGUUAAAAUUGCUGAACUAGAGGAUAAAAUUAGUAGGCAGCAAAAUGCACAGAACAAUCAAUCAUCUUUAAAACCACUAUCAUGCCCUCCACCACCGCCACCUCCACCCCCUCCGCCGCCACCACCGCCACCGCCACCGCCUCCAACAUCAUCAAACAGAUUGCCCAUGCGUUCUCACACAAUUCCAAGAUGCGGUUCAGCGCCACCGAGGAUAGCGGGACCACGUCUUACUAUUACUCCGCAAGACAUCGCUAAUGUAAAACUGAGAAAAGCUAAGGACAAUCCUGUUCGAUCUAAGCCAGUAAAAGAAGUUCAACAGCCACUGGUAACGCAACAUUUACUAGAGGCCACGAGGGCGAGGCUUGGUCGUAACCGACCUGUUGCUGCCUCCACACCAAAGCAGCAGCUAUCUGAUUUAGAAAAAUGCUUAUUACAAGAGACAUCAGUUACGUCGCUGUACAGACGGAGAGUAACACGGGGAACAUUUCGUAGCACGGAGGAGUUACGCGUGCGGCCGUACCCCGCUUCGCGAUGUACUCGUUCGCCGUGCUCCCCGCGCUCACCUCGUUCCAAUUCACUAUCGCGUGUAACCCCUACGUCUCCACUUAAAUUUCCACUAUUAUGUCCAAACAAAGAAUGACAAUCUGUGCGUGCAUACGUGUUCAUUAUAGUAAUGUGAUUGAAUCUCGUAAUAUUAAUUAUUAUUUGUGAUUUUGGAAAAUGACAACAUUUUUAUCAGAUUCAUUAUGUUAUGCUUGUCUUUGGACGAUGAUCUUUUUCAGUACAGCAUAGUAAUUACUAAAUAAGGUAGCACAUCAUAUUUAUCUGAAAUUAGAAAAUAUUUUAUUAAAAAUAUUGUUACUGUUAAUGACAUGGAUAAUAACGCUGACUGUACUGAAUUUUUGUUUGAAAUUAAGGACAUUUCUGUUAUUUAAAAAAUUACAUUGACUGUAAUAAUAACUACUGUAUGAAUACAAUUUUCUUCUAUUUUAUAAUAAAUAUAUCCAUCUAAAGAUCAAUUUAAAAUAUAGUUUUUAAUGAAAAGAACGAAAUUUAUACAAACAAACAGAUACUUAUCGUAUCAACAAGAUUUAUAAUACAUUUUUUUUUAUAAAAUUAUAUGUCUAUUUAUUAAAAUAUUUAUUGUACGCCGUACA